CUGCACGUGGCCUCCGUCAGGCAGAGUGGACGGUGACAGCCAAGGGAGCGGGAAGGAACAAUCUUGGCACAUUUAUCAAAAGCCCUUUGGACUGGCCUUGAAGCUAAGCUGAUAACACGUCAGCCCGGGCUGCGCAGCCAGUCUGAGUGGACCCUGUCAGCUGAUGGAGCCGGGGCCUCUGCUGAGCUGGCGUCUUCCCCACCCCCAGAAACUGGAGUUUGGAAUCUUCUAGAUGACCAGCCACAGGAGGGACUGCACCAACAAGCUUCCAGCACAGGCUCUUCAGCUUUCUAACAGGUUCGCACUGGUGACUGCAGUGAGCGGCCAGGCCUUCACCCUUUGACUGUUACAGAUCCUGCAACUCUUCAGUGUGCAGAAUUCAUGAGUUGACCCCGAAGUCCUUGGCAGGAGAGAACGAGUGGAGACACAGCUCAGGCUGCACUGAGCCGUGGGCAUGGCUCAGUACAAGGGCAGCAUGCGGGAGGCCGGCCGAGCCAUGCACCUCAUUAAGAAGCGCGAGAAGCAGAAAGCGCAGAUGGAGGUGCUGAAGCAGCGCAUUGCAGAAGAGACCAUCAUCAAGUCCAAGGUGGACAAGAAGUUCUCGGCCCACUAUGAUGCCGUGGAGGCCGAGCUGAAGUCGAGCACGGUGGGCCUGGUGACACUGAAUGACAUGAAAGCCAAGCAGGAGGCUCUGCUGCGGGAGCGGGAGAAGCAGCUGGCCCAGAGGAAGCAGCUAGAGGAGCACAAGCUGCAGCUGGAGAUGCGGCGUGAGAAGGAGCGCAGGCGCGAGCACAAACGCAAGAUCGCCAACCUGUCCUUCUCACUCGAUGAGCUCGACGGCGAUGACGGUGAGCAGGGCCCAGUGGCGCAGACCAGCAGGAACAAGAAGAACCUGGGCAAGAAUCCCGACGUGGACACUAGCUUCCUGCCAGACCGUGAGCGCGAGGAGGAAGAGAAGCGGCUGCGGGAGGAGCUGCGCAAGGAGUGGGAGGCCAAGCGCGAGCAGGUGAAGCACGAGGAGAUGGAGAUCACCUUCAGCUACUGGGAUGGCUCAGGGCACCGGCGCACAGUGCGUAUGAGCAAGGGCAGCACGGUGCAGCAGUUCCUGAAGAAGGCGCUGCAGGGGCUGCGCCAGGACUUCCAUGAGCUGCGUGUGGCCAGCGUGGAGCAGCUCAUGUACAUCAAGGAGGACCUCAUCCUGCCCCACUACCACACCUUCUACGACUUCAUUGUCACCAAAGCCAGGGGCAAGAGCGGGCCACUCUUCAACUUCGAUGUGCACGAUGACACGCGGCUGCUCAGCGACGCCACAGUGGAGAAGGACGAGUCGCACGCGGGCAAGGUGGUGCUGCGGAGUUGGUACGAAAAGAACAAGCACAUCUUCCCCGCCAGCCGCUGGGAGCCCUACGACCCGGAGAAGAAGUGGGAGAGGUACACCAUCCGGUGACCUGCCCCGGAAGGAGACUCACCAGAACAGGAAAUGCUCACAUUUCUAGGCCCUGCAGGUUCCAUCUUGGCUUGGUGACCUUCAUUUCUCCCUGAAAUUUAUUAAAGCUAGAGGGGUCCCGUUAUCCUAGUUUGGUUAUUCUGUUGCUGCCAUUGUUCUUUGUUGCUUGGUUGGUUUUUCAGACUAUCCUUAAUUUUCUGUGCGGUUCACUGUCUGGCUGUCUGUUGAGCUCUAUUAGACCCGGGCCAGGCAGACCACGUGAUGAAAGAAGGGGCACAGUUUUUGGUCAAAGGAUUACUAGCAUGGGUUUUGGAUCCCAACUAAUGGGGUUCACCUCCCCCCCAGCUUCUUAAUAUAUAGUUUUCAGCAAGCUUAUUAAACCUCAGUGCCUUAGUUUCCCCACCUGUAAAAGGAAAUAGCAAUACCACCUACCUCAUAAGGCUAAUGUGAGUUAACUGAGUUAAUAUUUGUAAAGCACAAAAAAAAUUUGUAAAGCACUUAGAGUUCAAUAAAUGUCUGCUAUUCUUAAGAUGUUGAUUACUUUAUUUAAAGAUUGCUAUGAUCCAGUCCUGAUAUCUGAGAUGAUCUCUAGGCCCCUCCUUAGUCUCUGGCUUCCUGUCUUACCAUGUGAACUCCUCUGUUCUUCACAUGACCCAUUUUCUGCUAACACAUCCAGGGGAAACCUGGCCAGAGCUGAGGAGUUGCUGUAACCAUUUGCUUUAUGGUGGUGAUGGUGUGGUGCUAGGUAUUAUAAUCUCUUUACUGUAUGCACAACCCAAUGUCAGUACUGUAUUACAGCAACACAAAAUUCACAAAGACAUAUACUAACCUGGAAUUUUCAUCUGACAAAAUGUGCUGGGGGUGAACCAGUAGCCUCCAUCACAGAUGGCAGCCCAGGGGUGGGAAGGAGUUCAAUGCAUCCUCAGAUACCAACAUCUGCUACACAAUUUGGUAGGCCAUAUUUUAUCCAGUUAUCACAGCAACAUCACAAGACGGUAUUUGCCCUGUGAGGAUACUGAGUUUGGAGGGUCUAAGUCACUGCAGUGGAGUCACAUAAAAUCAGAACUGGGAUUUUUAUGGUAUAACAAGAAAUAUAGUUGGCACAG